AUGAAACAGAUGCCCUGCCUCCCCAGCAACAUCCUCCUCCACCCCCCCACGACCCUCACUCUACGCAACCAGACCCUCUUCGUCCUCUGCCCUCGCCAACCCCCAACAACUCACCACCCCCUUCUGUUCCACCUCCACCGCCCUUCUCCCGCCGCCCCUUCUUUCAACUGUCCCUUUUGCAACCGCCCGUGCGCCAACGCUGGCACCCUUUCGCGCCAUGUAUCUGCGUGUUCGCGUCACUCCAGUGCUCGCCAGCAGGCUGCUCGCCCUCCACCACCCCGCCCCCCACCCUCUGCACCUCCAGCAUUGUCCCCACCCGCCAUCCCGGAGCAGACUUGGGAGGUGGUUCUCACCUGGGAUUGGUCAGGUUUCUUCAGCCCCACUGUCUUGCCGGGGCCUUUGAUUCGACGCAUUCCUUCUCGCAUCCGCCUCCUCAUGCUCAACGCCCUCCUCAUUCCUCUCCACCGCCUCGCCGCUUGCCCGGGUGACACAGCUGCCCACCUCAUCAUCCUUGCCUUUCCUCGCCUAGUACUUCGUUCUCCGCCUUCUUCUUCCGCCGUGUCAACUACAUCCGCUUGCGUUGCGCUCCUUCGUCGCUUCCUCCAAGGCGAUUGGCUCUCCCUCUUCCAAGAGGCAUUCGCUGCAGCUGUCCCAGCCACCCGCCCUUCCACUCUCACCUCAGCACGGUCCACAGCCUCGCAGGCGCGGAUUAAUCGGGCCAAACGUUUCGCUCGGUGUGGCGACUUCUCACGAUCCCUUGCAGCACUAGAAGCAGGCGAGCUGGCACCACCAUCUUCAGACAUGGUCACUGCGCUUCAUGCAAAGCACCCUCCAGCUGCUGCCGAGAUCCCUGACUGGGUGGCCUCUUUCACUGCUACAGAGCUACCUCAGCUUACAGUCCCCUUACUGCACCAGGCCCUUCGUUCUGCCCCACGCGGCACAGCUGCUGGCCCCUCAGGGUGGCUCAUCGAGCAUCUGCGAGACACGUUCCUCUCUUCGCAGAACCACCUCCCAUAUCUCCUCCGCCUCUUCCAGUCCUGGUUACAGGGAGACCUCCCCCCGGCCGUUCGGUCUUACUACGCAGCUUCUAAUCUCGUCGCCCUAUGUAAGCCCCAAGGCGGGGUCCGGCCAAUUGCCAUUGGAGAAGUUCUCCCUCGCUUGCUGUCCCGCUGCGUUACUCUCAUUUACAAACAACAAAUCCGAGAAUUCUUCCUUCCCUCCCUUCAAUUCGGCGUCGCUGUUCCUGCGGGUAUCGAGGCCAUGGCACAUGCGGUCCAGGCCGCCUUAUCCCUUCACCCGAAUUGGGUGGUUCUUGAGCUCGAUGUCGCAAAUGCCUUCAACUCCUUUAACCGCAACUUCAUGUUCGACGCCCUCCGCCAGUCCCCCUUCUCCUCCCUUAUCCCCUUCUUCCGCCUCUUCUACGCUGCUCCCUCUCCUCUCCACUACCGCAACGGCCCCAUCCUUGAGACCCUCCAAUCAGCUUCCGGUGUGCGGCAGGGGGACCCUUGUGGACCUUUCCUCUAUGCCCUUACCCAGCAGCUCGCCAUCCACCCUACACAGCAACUCCACCCCUCGACUUUUAUCACUUCAUAUGCCGACGACACCUACAUAGUUGGCCCAGCCCCGGACGUUUUUGCCGCUUACAAUACCCUCACUUCCCGCCUGCAGCCUCUUGGCCUCACCGUCCAGCCUUCCAAGUGCUCGCUUUAUGGCCCUUCUGACAUUCCUCCAGACGCUAUGCCUCCACCAAACCUUAGCAUCGCUCCUAAUGGCCUCACUGUGGCCGGAGUACCUAUUGGAUCUGACUCAUACAUCAUCUCCUCAGUCGGCCACAAACUCCGCUCUUUUGCUACGUCUCUUUCUCUUCUCCACGACCUGCACGACCCUCAGAUAGCAUCUCGCCUUCUAACCCUCUGUGUCUCAGCACGCCCCUCCUUCCUCCUCCGCACGGUCCCUCCUUUCCCUGAAAUUACAGAGUUGUACACCGACUGGGAUAACGACUUACUCAACCACUUCACCCGCCUCGUUGGCUCUGAAUUUUGGCCACCUGACUUUGACCAUCUUCCUACCGCACACCACCAGCCAUUCCUUCCCAUCCGCAUAGGUGGCUUUGGCCUCCGCUCUUCCGCUGGGUUUGCUGAUCUCGGUUUCCUCUACAGCUGGGCCCAACCUGUCCCUCUCCUGUCCUCCCACUUCUUCGUCGGCGGUGCUCCCAUCUUUCGCCCCUUCAUUUCCAGUGACACCAUUGACCGUCUCGACCCUUGCAUUGUUUCAGCCAUGUCACGCCUUCCCCCAGACAUUCUUCACCUUUUCCCCUCCUGGCCUGCCCUCAUUUCGGGAUAUCCCCACAAACUUUACUCCUACCUUUCCCAACUCAAGGAAGCUGCCAUGCUCGAACGGGUGCGCUCCACAGUGACUUCUCCCCUUCAUCUGGCCCGUAUAACCUCCUUGCAAGGGCCCCAUGCAGGGGAUUGGCUUUCUGUGGCCCCAUCCUCUCAGCAUCUCCAGCUUUCCCCGACAGAAUGGAAAAUUGCAGCUGCAAUCCGCCUCGGCCUUCCCAUCCCACACCUCACCACCUCCCGUGCUUGCAGGACAAUCACCUCCUUCCUGGUCGCCGUCCCGACAUCAGCUGCAGAGACACGAGUUCAGGAGCUGACUUGGGCCUUGGAUGUCACAGUGGCAGAUCCACAGCACGGUUUCCCUCACUCCAACGCCGCUACUGUCAUUGGUUCUGCUGCUGCUGCUCGUGAGGCGGAGAAACGCUCUCUCUAUGCUACAUCACUUCGCGAUCUCCCCCACGUCAUAUUCUUUCCUCUUGCAAUUGAAACAUUCGGCUGCUUCGGCAAGUCAUUCCUGCACUUUCUCCAAGAUUGCAGCCGUCGUGGUGCAGCCCGCAUUCGUGACUACAGUGGCACGACGGACCUGGUGCCUCACCUCCUAGAAACCAACUACUUCAAGCGCCUUUCCUUCGUCCUUCAGCGUGAGCAGGCUCGGUCCUUUCCGGGUUUCCCGUAUCCCGGUUUCCCGGUUUCCCGGUAUCCCGGUGAUCUCCUUUCCUCCUUUCUGCCUGCCCUGCUGCCUCCCCUUCUGUCUGCUGUGCUGCCUCCCCUUGCUGCCUCCUUGCUGUCUACUGUGUUUCCCUGCUGCCUGCCCUGCUGCCCCCCUUUUCUUACUGUUGCCCUGCUGUGCCUUCCCUUCUGCCAAAUCCCCGCUAAUUCAGGUCGUUCAGGGCAGCAGUCGUUCAGGGCAGCAGUGCAGCUAUUCUGGAUAGCAGGGCAACGACUCAACCCCUCUUCCACCCCUCUUCCUCCUCCUCUUCCUCCUGCUGCUGCUGCUGCUACUGCCGCCUCUGCUGCUACCCCUUCCCCGAUUCCCACCAUCAUCCCUCCCAACCCUCCAUCCGACCCCCUCGUCUCCCACCUGUUGCACUGCUGGGCCGUGCCGAGGAGGGGCAAGGGGGCGACAGCAAGGAGAGCGCGGGAGAUGGUGGCAUGGGAGCAGGCAGUCAGGUCGUCCCUUCGCCGCCUGCUGCUGCUGAACCAUGGCUGCUGCACCGCCCGCUACUGCUCCCUCCCUAGCUGCUGCUCCUGCUCGUCCUGCUCCGCUCUUCCCUCUCCCGUUGCCGCCUCUCAACCAUCUUCCACCGGUGUUUCUCACACCUCACACCUUCUGCACACCCCUCAAGCCUCACACCAUCACUUACACUCAACCCCCUUUGUCCCAUGGGACCUCCUCGCCUCUCUGCUCAACCUCGCCAAGCAAGCUGCCUCUCUUCCCUCCACUGCCGCUCCUUCUGCCAGCACCGCUGCUGCUACCACUGCAGCAGCAAUUUUUGAGUCGACUCAAAAAUCGACUCACUACACUCCUUCUGCCAGCACCGCUGCCGCUCCUUCUGCCAGCACCGCUGCUGCUCCUUCUGCCAGCACCGCUGCUGCUACCACUGCAGCAGCAAACGCCCCCACUAUUACUUCUUCCCCCAAGCCAUCUGCCAGCCUGUCCACCUCGCUCCACUCGCCCCUCGCCCUCCUCGUCUCUCUCCUGCUCUCAGAGCUCGUACCUUGCCGCUUCUCCCGCUCGGCUCUCUCCCUCUUGCUCCUCGAAGACUCACCUCUUCCCUCGUCUGCUGCAGCUGCCAAAAGCUCUGGCCAGCAGGAGCAGCAGCAGAAUCGUGAGCAGCAGCAGCAGCAGGAGCAAGAAGGGCAAUUGAGUGAAGAGGGUUCUAUACGAAGCCUUUCAACCCAGCAGUUGCAAAUCCUCUCCACCUGCCUCCGCCACAUGCUCACUUCCUCACUCCCUACCAACCAGCAGCAGCAACUCAAUCUCACCCCCCGGCGCACCACACUUCCCUCCCCCUCCUCCUCUCCUUCCUUCCUCCUCUCCCCUCUCCUCCCUCCCCCUGUCUUGUCCAAGCAACAAGGGUCAGAGUUGCAGGUUUGGCAGCAGGGCAAGCGGGAGCAACUAGGGACUGGACAUCUGCAGCAGGGAGGGGAGGAGGGAGAGGAAGAGAGAGCAGAGGAGCAGAUAAGAGGUGGUGGGAGGCGGUGGAGUCAGGUGCAGCGGGUGCAAGAGGGGUUGAGAAGGAUGCAGCAGGAGUUGCAGCAGCGGCUGGCAUUGUCUGCUAUGGUCACUGCGGCCUUGUGUCACGGCGAGGGAAGAGGGAAUGAGGCGGAAGGGACAGGGAGGAUCCACGCAGCAGGUGGGGGGUUGACUUUUGAGUCGACUCAAAAGUCAACUCACGGCGAGGGAAGAGGGAAUGAGUCGGAAAGGGCAGGGAGGAUCCACGCAGCAGAGGGGGGGGUGACUUUUGAGUUGUCUCAAAAGUCAACUCACGGCGAGGGAAGAGGGAAUGAGACGGAAAGGGCAGGGAGGAGCCACGCAGCAGAGGGGGGGGAGGCAGCAGGGAGGGGGGCAGCAACGGCACCCUCAACCACGGAGGCAGGGAGGAACAAAGCAGCAGAGGGGGAGGCAGCAGGGAGGGAGGCAGCCGGGGGAGAAGCAGCAGCAGGGGCUAACGAAGCAGUAAGGGGGUGCAUGGAGCGGGCAGCAGGCAACUGGUGCCAGUGGGUGCUCUCUCAGACCACACACACUGCAACCACUGCUGCUGCUGCUGCUGCUGCUGCCGGGGGUGGUGAUGCCAGUAGUGUAGGUCAGGACUUGCAACCCCAGCCACGAUUCCCUCCCUUCCCCAUGCCUCCCUCUGUCCCAUCAUGCUAA